CUGUCGGGAUUCCCUCGACCUCUAAACUCUUGCUUCUCAUUCCUCACCAAGCUCACUCAGGACAAUCCUCAACCGCCUCUCUCUAUCUCUCUUUUUUCUCCUUCGGCAUUUUGCAACGCCAGCCUUCCUUAUCAAGCUUCCAAACCACCCUUCAUCCUUUCCAAGAUGCAGACCAAGAUCUUCGUUUCCGCCAUGCUGGCCUCCGUCGCCACGGCCCAGACCCUCAACAUCCCCACCCGCAGCGGCUCCAUCGUCUCUCUGUCCGCCCCCUCCGUCAUCUCGGGAUCCAAGGACUUCGCCAACAAGGAGUUUGACCGUGGCCGCGCCUGCAACACCGACGACGACACGGGCAGUGACUCAGCCGUCUUCAUCCUCGAGAACGGCGCCACCCUGAGCAACGUCAUCAUCGGCGCCAACCAGCUCGAGGGAGUCCACUGCAAGGGCGCCUGCACCCUGAAGAACGUCUGGUUCCGUGACGUCUGCGAGGACGCCAUCUCCGCCCUCGGCAACGGCAACGUCCUCAUCCAGGGCGGUGGCGCCCAGAACGCCGCCGACAAGGUCGUCCAGCACAACGGCCGCGGCACCGUCACCAUUGACGGCUUCACCGUCGUCACCGCCGGAAAGCUGUACCGCGGCUGCGGCGACUGCACUAACAACGGCGGCCCCCGCAACGUCAUCGUCAAGAACGUCAAGGCCAAGAACGUCAAGGAGCUUGUCGGCAUCAACUCCAACUACGGCGACGUCGCCACCAUCUCCGGAACUUGCGGCUCCAGCGUCCCCAAGGUCUGCCAGGAGUACAAGGGCGUCAACAAGGGCAGCGGCAGCAGCUCCAAGGUCAGCACCACCGCCAACUGCAAGGGCCAGACCUCCCUCUCUGCCUGCUAAGCGGGCCGGCUUUUCUCGAGGCCGUCCUUCUCCUUGUCUCGCAGCUUUUCUUGAGCGUGGAGUUUCGAGGGAAUAACUCCUAAAU